GCGUAUAAAAAAAAAUUUUUUUAAGUAUUUUAAAAAAGAAUGUUGAUUUAUUAAUUUUUUUCACUUAGCAAUUAGAAAUUAUCACUUGAUCUUCUAUUGAAAUAAUUAUGAAAAAGAACGAAAUAGUGAUAAAAAGAAGUAUACAUCACAAUAAAAUUUCCACGUAAAAACAGUUAUCAGCUGCAUUUUCUACUAUCAGAGCAAUGUAUUUUUCACAGAUUAUACGAAGAUAUUGAUGACAAUAAAAUAGGAAUAAAAUAAUUACUUACAUAAAAUGCUCUUUCUUUCUCAAAUUAAUAUAAAAAAUCUCAUGUUUGCAGAUAGAUAAUGAUACUCAAGUUCUUAUAAAUAUCAUUGCAACUGACUGUUGCAGUUAGUAUAAGUAGUCAUGGCAAUUGCGACAAUGCUAUAUUGGGUACUUUUGACGUUCAGCCUGUUGGAUUUCAAUGGAAUUGAUGCUAAAGCACCGCCGGAUCUUAAUUGGUGGAAAACUAGCACAAUCUAUCAGAUAUAUCCCAGGAGUUUCAAAGACAGCAACGGUGAUGGAAUCGGUGAUUUGAAUGGAAUAACCGAAAAGUUAGAACAUAUUCAAGACAUCGGUGCCGAUGCACUAUGGCUGUCGCCAAUCUACUCCAGUCCACAGAAAGAUUUUGGCUACGACAUAUCUAAUUUUACGGACAUCGCCCCAGAGUUUGGUACUUUAGCGGAUUUCGACAAGCUCGUCAAAAAAGCCAAAUCUCUCAAUUUGAAGGUACUACUCGACUUCGUUCCUAAUCACAGCUCCGACGAGCACGAAUGGUUUAAAAAGAGUAUUGAUCGAGUCAAGCCCUACGAUGAUUUUUAUAUUUGGAAGGAUGGCAAAAAAGAUGCAAAAAAUAAAACUAUUCCGCCGAACAAUUGGCUGUCGAAUUUUGGCGGAUCAGCCUGGGAGUGGAAUGAGAAACGUAAGCAGUAUUAUUAUCACGCAUUUGCGAUUCAACAGCCGGAUUUGAAUUACCGGAAUUCCGAACUUGACAAAGCCAUGAAAGAUGUAUUGACUUUUUGGAUGAAUCGCGGUGUUGACGGUUUCCGAGUCGAUGCCAUCAACCAAAUGUUCGAGGUUGAGGAUCUCAAGGAUGAACCAAAAUCAGGAAAGGAUGUGCCGGCAGAAGACUACGAUUACCUGAAUCAUCUUUAUACAAGAGACUUGAACGAGACCUAUGAUGUUGUCGGGGCAUGGCAGAAGCUACUGGACAACUACGUCAAUAAACACAAAACUGACGGAAAAUUAAUGAUUCUGGAAGCUUAUACGUCUAUUACCAAAUCUAUGCAGUUUUAUGAAGUUGGCGCUAAUCCUUUCAAUUUCAUGUUCAUUGCCACCUUGAAUAACCAUUCGCGUGCAAUUGAUUUCCGAACGACUAUUAACGAAUGGCUGUACGCCGUACCGAAAGGUAAGAUAGCUAAUUGGGUAGUGGGCAAUCACGACAAUCAUCGGGUUGCUUCGAGAUUUGGUAAGGGCAAUGAGAGGGCCGAUCAAAUAAGCAUGUUGUCAGCUGUCCUACCUGGUAUACUUGUAAUCUACAAUGGUGAUGAAAUUGGAAUGGUCGAUCGACCGUUUACGUAUAAGGAAACUGUAGAUCCGGCUGGUUGUAAUGCCGGCCCUGACCGAUAUUAUCUCAAGUCGAGGGAUCCGGAAAGGACGCCAUUUCAAUGGGAUGCUACUACUAGCGCUGGGUUCUCAACGAAUAAUGAAACUUGGUUGCCAGUUCAUGAUAAUUAUAAAGAACUCAACUUAGCUAUGCAAAAGAAUGCCACGAUUUCACAUUAUAACGUGUUCAAGGCACUGACAAAAUUAAAGAAGGAUUCUACACUUAAGAACGGCAGUACUGACGUUUCGUUGGCAACAAACAAAAUAUUGGCAGUGAUUAGAAGAAAUCCUAGUGGUAAAAUCGUUGCUUUGCUCAUUAACUUCGAUGACAGUUCGGUAACUAUUAAUGCUAAAAUCUGGCUUAACAUUCCCGUGAAAAUGAAGAUCUACAUGGCUAGUGUUAAGUCUGGAUUGCAACCGGACAAAGAAUACGACAUGACUAAAUUAACUAUACCAGGUGCAGCUUCUAUUAUCUUAGUUUAAUGUAUUCUGUAUAAUUUUGAUUAUUAAUUAAAUCAACUGCAAUAGUAAUUAAAA